AUGGUCAGCCCUCAUUCUGCGCUUGUGCUGGUCGAGCGAGCCGAUCCCUUGGCGAUCUUCCACCUGUCCGUUAAGACCGUAUCACGUAGCACCGGCAGGAGUGCCGUUGCUGCUGCGGCUUAUCGAGCAGGUGACACGCUGACCAACGAACGCGAUGGACGCCAACACGACUACGCCAACCGAACCGGGGUUGAUGAGAGUUUCAUUAUUGCCCCGUCUGGUUACGAGUGGGCACAUAAUCGCUCUGUGUUGUGGAACGCUGCCGAGCAGGCCGAGAAGCGUUCAAACUCAGUGACGGCCCGUGAAUAUGUGCUGGCCCUUCCUGCUGAACUGGAUGCCAAAGACAGGGCAGACCUUGCACGGUCUUUUGCCUCUGCCGUGGUCGAGCGUUACGGGGUGGCUGCUGAUGUUGCCCUUCAUGCCCCCAGUGCCGGUGGUGAUGACCGGAACUAUCACGCCCAUAUCCUCACCACGACACGGGAGGUCGAGCCGGACGGUCUGGGCAAGAAAACCCGCAUACUGGACGCCGCCAAGACGGGUGGGCCGGAGAUCGAGAGCCUUCGGGAAUUGUGGGCCAUGCAGUGCAACGAAGCACUAGAGCGCCACCAGAAGUCCGCCCGCAUUGACCACCGCAGCUAUGAGCGGCAGGGCGUGGACGAAAUGCCGACCAUGCAUCUUGGUCCGACCAGCACCACGAUGGAGCGCAGGCACAAGGCCGAGCAGGAGCGGAAGGGGGAGCCAUACAAGCCCCAGACGUUCAAGGCUCAGGAGAACGAGCGCAGACGCACCCUGAACGACCAUGUGCGGGAGAUGGUGCGUGAACUGGCCGCCACCGUCAGGGAGGUGGCCGAACAGGUCAAAAACGCCAAAAAGAGCGCCGCUCAAGCCCUUUUGCGGGCCGUUGGUGGUCUGCGGCAAGAGGAAUUGGCGGAGCAGGCCAGACGGGCGGCAGAAGCCCGCAGACGCGAGGAGGAGCGCAAGGAAGUUUUGCGCCAGCAGGCACUCAGGGAGGCCAGAGAGCGGCUUGUGCGGGAAGCCAAGGAGCGUAUGGCCGACAUGGCAAAGAGGGCGCAGAGAUUGGCCCCAGAUGCCCGAGAUAGGUUCCUUGCAGGUGAAUAUCCCUCAGAUCCGUUUGACCGCGCACUGAAGGCUCAUAGGCACCCUUUGGGCACCGCUGGACUGGAUGCCGAGGAGAAGGCCGUCAGGGCGCACCUGAAGGUGCAUCAGGAGCAGGAGAAGCGCCAGCAGGCCGAGAGGCAGCAGGCACCAGCGCGAGGCCGUGGGCGUGGUGGGCCGUCCCGCUCCCGGUCGAGGGAUUACGAUAACGGCCCUAGUUUUUGA